AUGAGCAAGCUGGAUUUACAUGAUCAUGGAAAGUACCAGGUGCUUUCUGAUGCAUCAUCAGAAAACUCGUUGGUCCAAAAUGAAAAUCAGAAAGAAACUAAAAUAGUUAUUGCUCACAGAGGAUAUAGUGCCAAGCAGCCAGAGAAUACACUUGCUGCAUUUCGAGAAGCAGCAAACGCUGGCAUAAAGCAUAUCGAAACCGAUGUUCGACUUACUAAAGAUGAAGUUGUUUGUAUUUCUCACGACCGAAGUUUGAAGCGUAUGUAUGGAGUAGAUGUAAGCACAUUUGACGUUGAUUAUGAACGUGAAAAUGGUCAUUUUCGAACCCUUCGAGAACCUUAUGAGCCUUUACCAACACUCCAUAUGUUCUUAAAAGAAUUGCUAAAGUAUCCUGGGGUUCAAUUAUAUAUUGACAUAAAGCCCGACCUUGACAUUUUCAUUAUCCAAAAACUGGUUGACACUAUGUUAGACAUCAACCUUGAUUUAAACUUUUGGGAAGAUAAAGUGAUCUUUUGUAUUUGGUCCCGUCGUUUUCUUCCGGCUUGUGACAAAUACGCUCCUACGAUCAGAAUUUGCCAUCUUGGAUUUAACUUUUCUUAUGCUCAACAAUAUUUUGUGAUGCAUCCUCGAGUCAUAGGAGUGAGUAUAGCCGUAGCUACGCUUUUGCUUCCUUCUUCACAGGAUUUUAUUGAUAUGGUACACGCUCUAAACAAGAAAGUUUUCACAUGGUCUGUGAAUACUACCGCUGCUUUCUACCUUUCUUUAAAGAGAGACUGUGAUGGUGUUAUUACUGAUGAUCCCGUUAUAGGAAAGGCACUUUGUAAUGGCCCCAUCCUUACAAGAAACUGGUAUUGGUUUGACUAUAAAGAGUGGAUCCUCCUUCUUAUCGGAUUUAUUCGUGUAAAUAUCAUUUAUUACCUUAUUAGAAACCUAUUUCUAUGA